UGCAUUGCUUAGUGGCAGGAGCGGGGGAUGCCACACAGGCGAUCCACGCACUCAUCAUCAUCAUCCUCCUGCUCCUCCUGCUGCUGCUACUGCUGUGACGUGCUCGGGAUAAACCCACGCUGUCAUACGCUGCUGCCGCUGCUGCUUGCUGCUGGAAUAACCUCUUCCCAAAAGGGGGAGGUAGGGGGGGUGCUGGGAAGAGGAGGCGCCCGCCCGCCCGCCUGGCCGCACUGCAGCGCUUAAAUAUUACAGAUUAACACGGGCACGGAGAAGGGAUAGCCCAGGCAGCGAAUCCACGCGCGUGCGUUGUGCCCGGGACGCCGAUCCGUCACUUAUUAUUAUGAUUGUGUCGGCGUACGGAGGAGCAGUGGCAGCAGCGUGCGUUGGUGGUGCGGUCUAGCGCAUGUACGGUGGUGGUGGUGCGGUCAAGUCCGGUGGUGGUGGUGGUGGUGCGGUCAAGUACGGGGGUGCUGGUGGUGCGGUCAAGUACGGGGGUGCUGGUGGUGCUGGUGGUGCGGUCUAGCACCAGAACGCGUGCGAGCAUCUCGCGAGGGGGCUGGCUGCUGGCUGCUGCUGGUGGUGGUGGUCGUGGAUUUGCGCGUGGCGCGCCCCGACUAAACAACGUCUGAACUUCAUUCAGAAGGAGGAGGAUUUGGCAGAAAACGGUACUUGGUGUGCAUCUCGGCAUUCGUCUUCAGUGGGAGCCUGAUAUUUUAAAGCAACGUCUGGUGACACCUGUGCUGUGGUCGGGACACGGAACAAGAGGACACUCACCAUGAGCUCACAAGCUGCGCAACACAUCUCUGUCAACCACAAUACAUUGGAGGAGUUGAAAGAAAAUGGAAAGCCAUCCGUGGAGGAAGACUCCGCACGGACCUCUCGCAGACGUGUUAUUUCCACCGUCACUAUUUCUCACAUGAAGAAAGCGCAGAGCUCUCCUGACAUUCCGUGGUUAACAGAAACAGACGCUUCCAGAUUUAGCACGGGAAGGGGCUCGGUUUUGCUUGCCUGUUCGACCCGAGCUCAUCACACCAAACACAGCACUGCUCACAUAUACACCGCCGCCGCAGGUGCAGAUGCUCAUAUAGAACAUGAAGUAUCUGAGUCUGCAUCAUCCCCACCGAGUGGGAAUGCUGACAUCGGCCCCGUCAAUGGAGACGCAUCUUCAUCACCACUGGUGGCCAAGGGAUUCCGCAGUGUGAAACCCAGCCUCGUCACGACCGAGAAAAAACACACGCAGCCUGAAGAUGGAUCCUGCCUGAGCACAGAUGCCACACAUGACCCAGGCAGCGCUUUUGAGCAAACCUAUAGCUCAGAGCACACAGCAUCUGAGGAAAUGGAGUCAGCUGGUAAUCCUCCACCAGCGCUGCCCAUCACGGAAAACAUGUCUGACCUUCAGCCACAAGAUUUGAAUGUUCCGAACCUCAAUUACUUCAUCCCCGUUCAUUUGCCAAGAGACGGAAAGCCAGAACAUUCAUCUGCAGAGUCACUUGAGUUGGAGAUGCACCCCGCUCGCUGUCAGCCACGAGCCAUGGAGCGGGAUGACGUCCUUGCGGAACAAAGCCAGUCCUGCAAGACUGCGCAAGACGAUCAAGCCUCCAGCAGACCAGACAUCGGCCAGGCAACAACCCCAGACGAAUGUGAAGAGUUGCUCACAACAUCUUCGGAUACCAUCGUCAACGGCGGCGUGGGAUCGGCCUCGGGACCCCAUGGGGCCUCCGCUACGGACGGCGGCCCGACCGGCACGCUCCCCACAGGGCCUCGGCCAGGCUCCGACAGCGACUCGCAGCGCUCCUUCUCGCCGACGGGCCGCGCUUCUGCCUACCCGUCCACCAUGGCCGUCAACCCCACCAUCGUGCUGCUGCAGCACAAUCGCCUGAUGGGAGAGCAGCAAAAACGGCUGAGUAGGCUGUCAGACGCGUCCUCCCCUGCUCCCACGCCUUCACCCGCGCCGGACGCAGCGGGUCAGACGGGAGAACGGGCGGGCGAGCACCCGCACGACCGCCGUGCCUACGAGGGCUACGUGGACGGGCAGCGCUGGGCGGCCGACGGCCGGCCCUCGGUGCGCGUCAUCCGGCCGCCGGACUUCCCCGGCAUUGGCGCCGUGGACGAGGCCGGCAUUCCUCUCACUAGCACAGACCGGCCAAAGGACUGGUACAAAACUAUGUUCAAUCAGAUCCACAAGGUGAACAAAGAACCUUCCGACUGCAAUCCCUACCUGCCUACCUAUCGCUUCCCUGAAGAGAGGGCCCAACACAGUCACUGUCAAGAAGUAAAUGCAUACAAACCCACAUACAUUUUUCCAGAGGGCACAGAAAAGCCUCCUGACCCAGAGGAGAAUCCCUACAGACCCACGUAUGUCUUCUCUGAAUUUGUUGCUCGCCUUAAUCCAGAAGAAGAUGAUGAAGUAGAUGGUACCUUCACACCUCGGUCAGAUGGUACGUCUGAUCACGUGGUGCCGCGCUCCAAGAGUUUGUCGGACAGCCGGGAUUUUGAUGCCCAGCAGCAGAGAUCUGCCACACUGCCUGCGCGCAUCUGCCUCCGCUCGGCGGCCCAGCGCGAGUGGGAGCCCCCUGACAAACGCGUGGACACACGGAGCUAUCGUGCGGAGCCCAAGAGUAUUUUUGAGUAUGAGCCGGGAAGGUCAUCCGUUCUAGACAAGGAAGCACCGGAGCCACAAACACUGUGGCAGGAGCUCCCAGUGAAGAAGCCGCAGGCCUAUGGAAGGCUGGGUUCAGACGGACGAGCUGAGAACGCAGCCGAGCGAAUGAAAACAGGGCCUGAAGCAAUGGGUACAAGAAAGAUUGUGCAGGAGGAGGAACAGGUGGAGAGACAGAAUGGAAGGGAAACAGGAAUGACACGCAGACCGAGCUAUGUAAGUAUGGAGGAGAUAGACGUUCAGAACGAGGAGUGGUAUAAGUUCUUUGCCGAACUGGAGUUUGGCCAAAGGCCGUUUCGCAGAAAGAUCUGGGAAUACACGCCAGGCAACUGUUCCAUUCUGCCUCCCCAGGAAAAGCAGAUGUCUGCAUAUAGCGUGUCUGCUGAACAGCCCACGGACAAAUCAGGCUACUCCAUGGAGCCGGGGUAUUACGCCGUGAGAAGGCAGUCGGAGCCGGCAGUGAGCCCCGUGGGGGCCCCCGGCUGUGAGGAAGAAGAGAGGCAGGUGUACAAGGCAGUGCUGGAGGGAGGGGACAUCCCCAUGCAGGGCCUCAGCAGCGUGAUCAAGAGGCCCUCAAUCACUUCCGCACCGCUCUCUCCUCGCUCCAAAGGUGGGGACUCGGUGUCUGCCCUCUUGUUUUCUGACAGUGAUGUAGUUUGUAGUAACCCCGGUAGCAGUCAGACUCAUCCGUUCCGUAGCGCAGGAGCAGAGGCCCCAGGCGCUUCCGGCUUCGCCGUGGCGGAUAGGCCAAGCGAGCCGUCAAAAUUUACCUGCGACGAAGACGUCGGCGUCGACCAAGGCCUGGCAAAGCGGCGGUCCCACAGCUGCGACGACCUCCUCAACGAGAGCCACAGCGUGGAGACUGAGCAGCCCGUCAAGUCCGAGAGCGCCGAAAACCUCACCACCAAGGAGCGCAACGAGUAUGCCGAGAUCGGCGACAUCAACCGCAGGGAUCGCGGAAAGAGGAAAAAAGUCAAGCGCAAGGUGCGCGUCACCGACCCCGAGUUCUCCGAGCUAUACAGGACCAUGCAUCAGAUCGAUCGGCAGCAAAUUACUCCGUCUCCGUCGCUGUGCUGCGUUGGGACCAUGGUGAAACGGUACGAGGGCAGCGGUGUGGGCCUGCUGCCCAACCAGGGCGGACAAACAGAGGAAGUGCCGAAGGACCUGGUAACCAGCAGGAUUACAGAGUUUGAAAAAUUCAUAAAAAGGACAAAGUCUAUGCCGAACCUGAAAAUAGCAAAUCUUGUUCCAUCACCAGUGGCCGUCAUGGUGAUGUGUAAAAGCGAUACACUCUCCAUCAGGCGUAUGGGAAAUUCGUUUUCCGCUGACUCGCUGCUAGACAGUGAGGUUGCAAUGGAAAGCAAGUGGCAAUCAACCGAACGGAAACCGAGCGCUGUGCCCAGAAAGAAAGCGAGCUUUGCAAGCAGUGAUGCGGUCAGUCCCCAAAAAAGCGCGGCAGCACCACCACUUGUGGUAAACCAAAUCUCAUUGGAGAGGGAAAGAGACGACGAUGCGGACACCGAUGGAUUCGCGUCCAAGCUGAGUGAAUUUGUUUUGGUGGACAGGACGUCCGUGUGCACGGAGAGUGAACUCGAUCGCUUGUCCUUCGCAUCCUGUGAGAGUUUAGAGAAGGCACGCAGGCGAACACAUAAACACCUCUCUGGGGGCUGCACUGGAUACUGCCCGGCAUCGUGGGCCCGGUUCACGCUCAUGAGUUUGUACGACAAGAAUAACUACGACUACUACAGGAGCAGGAGCUCUCCUUUGAACUACAAAUCCAUGAAAAUGGAAAACUACGCGAGAAACUACCGCACGCAGGUACAGCCAGACCGCUCAAGCUUUGCCAGGGCAGCGUGUCUCAUCAACCCAGUUCCUGUCAGACUCAAGAAAAAGAAGAAGUGUUUGACCUCCCCGCUGCAGACUACGAGCAGGCAAGAGCACAGGGCAGAAACGUUGUCAUCCGUGCACGAGACGUACCGAGAGAGGAUGCGGAGAGAGACCCGGAGACGAAGUUUGCCUGACAACAGACUUCUUCGAGAACUCAAAACCGAGAUCAAGCCGUUUGUACCGGAGAGGAAGUCUUCUCGAUACAUCUGGGAAAAUUCCGAAGCUCCUUACCCCUACUUUUCAGAAAACCAUUAUCCUGGUCAUCUGGAGAACAUUGAGAUGUCCUGUCCAUUUCUUCCAAAGAGACAAUAUGCAGAAUACCUCGUAGAUUCAUCCUACCCGCUCCUGAAACCCAUCUCGCCCGUCCCGCCAUCAACUUACCUUCUGGACAGAGACCAGCCCACGUACCUGCCUGCUGCUGUGCGAGGAGCUUAUAGCUGCCACUUGGAUGGCUUAGAAGGUCGUUCAAUGUCGCCCCUGUGGUUGCUGGGCAGCAGCCCACUACCGCUGGAGGCAACGCUCUACCCUCAGCCGAACCUCAAUCACUCUGAGCUCUCGCUCCAUAGCCUGGACCCCAGCCACAGAGCCCAGGGAGAUUGCCAUUUUGUCCAUCACCAAGAAUCUCUGUCUCCCCGGCCGAUGUCCGCUUGCUCGUCCCCAACGGGCCGCCCGCCUCCCAUCUACGAGAGCCGUGAGAGUGCAGAAGUUGUAGCUCGAAGACGGCGGGAGGAGAAGGAGCGCAUGCUGGAGGAGCAGCGCAGGAUAAGACGCGAGCAGGAGGAGGCCGAUAUCGCUUCCCGGCGACACUCUGGAGUCUUCCUUUCCCACCACCAGUUUAUCACCAACGAUCGCUUUGGAGAUCUCCUCAACAUAGAUGACUCCUGGAAGCGGACAUCGGUGGGAGAGGUCUGUCCCAGCUCGCCAUCGCCAGCCCAACCCACUCGACAGACUGCAAGAGCGAAAUAUAACUUCAGAGCCCAAUCACAAAAGGAGCUUCCCCUCCACAAGGGGGAUGUCGUGUACAUUAACAGGCAAGUCGACCAGAAUUGGUACGAAGGGGAGCACCACGGCAGAGUUGGAAUUUUCCCCGCAACUUACGUGGAGCUGCAGCCUACUCAGGAGAAAGCUCCACUGAGCCCACUCGCUGCAGCCCCCCCGCAGGUGAUCCAGUGUGGCGAAGCCGUGGGAAAGUUUAACUUCACAGCCGACUCCCACCUCGAGAUGUCCUUCAAGAAGGGAGAGCGGAUCGCCGUUCUGCGGCGAGUGGACGAGAACUGGUACGAGGGCCGCAUCCCCGGCACGGCGCGGCACGGCAUCUUUCCCGCGUCGUACGUCGAGGUGCUGAGGAAGCCCCUGGUGAAGAACGCCGCCGACUACCCCGACGCGCCGUCGCCUCUCGGUUACAGCCACCAGCAAGGGCAAGGAGGGAACGCAGAGCCUGGUCGUCUGAGCAGAAAGUUCCCUCCUCGCUCCUCCACCCUCCCCUCUCAUGCCGCUAAAGGCAGAGACGGCUCCAGGGCCCUCUUACAGGCCAUCACGUCUGAGUGGCUCGACCUGACUGUUAGGGUGUCGCCCUCGGGCACCCCCACUCCUCCUCCCCCUCCAUUGACUCCUGACCUGCUCGCCUCCGCUCCUGGGAGAAAGUCCGGUGUGUGGAAUGACGAGAUGAUGUGGGGUCGCCGUUCCCGCAGCCCUGUGCCUUCCCAGCCUCCCAGUAACUCGUCUCCACUGAGAGGAGCAGGCACCCACUCCAUCAAGCUGCUGCCUGCUGGAUUGCCACUAACUAUGAGUGAGGCCAGCUAUGUGGAGGCCGUCUGUAACGAGAUCCUGCAGAUAGCCGAGAAGUCGGUGCAGUACUGCAGCAGCCUCUCCCCGUUCCCACAGUCUGAAUGGCUGGGCCCGGCGGCCGGCUGCUCGUACGGCCGCUCGGAUACUGAGCGUAGGCCCAGCCCCUCCCACAGAGACUAUGGACUCCGGCUCGUAGAGCCCAGAUACAGCCCGAGCCUGAUACCCAGCGCCAUGCACAGUCCCAGCACGGCCUGUCGGACCAGCCUUUCCCAGCCUGGCUCCAGGACUAGCCUGGCACGUCAGCCCGGGCUGAGGCCCAGCUUAUCACACCCAGGCUACGACUCCAGGUUAUACGAUCCGGGAUAUGCCUAUGCCUCAGUGCAGCGGGGCUAUGCAUACAGGCCUCUGGAGGUCGGCUAUGGCCUUCGGUCUACAGAGCAGGCAGCCUAUGAACAGAGGGGCAGCAGGGACGGCUAUGAAUAUCGGCUGGCAGAGAGCAGCUAUAGAUCCAGACUCGCAGAGCGUGACUUUGACCAGAGGGCAAUGUCGCGGCCUGGUUCAGGCUAUGAUAAAACACCAUCUCUUAUAAUCUCUCAGCAGCCCCAGCCCCAGCAGCCAGUCCGCAUCCCUGACGACUUCCACCUUACAGGAGAGCCCAGGUUCCAGGCAAUUUAUAACUACAAGCCCCAAAACGAGGAUGAGCUGGAGCUACUGGUGGGAGACGUGGUGGAGGUGAUGGAGAAAUGUGACGAUGGCUGGUUUGUAGGUACAUCGAGACGCACAAGGCUGUUUGGGACGUUCCCUGGCAACUACGUGAAGCGGGUGUGAGAGGGAGCUUCCGCAACGUUGCCGCGAGUGUCGUGGGAAGGGGCAUUCUUUUAACGGAGCUCUCUCGACAGCAAAGGCAGAUAUUUGUAGAAUUUAUUAUGCAAGACUGUAAUGAGAAAAGCAUAUUUCUUACAAUAUAAUAUUGAUUGAAUGAUUUAUUUUUGAUUGCAAAUUAGAAUAAAAAAAAGAUCUAAACCAUUGCUUUCUUGCUAAAUGUUUUGUAUGUUAUUGGAAGGGACGGUGUUAGAAGAAACGGAUGGCUUGCCGAGUUAGGCAGUUGAUAAAGUUUUCACAGUUUCUGGAGGAUUUGUACUGGUUAAAGAUGAUGGUAAAUGGUGUGACAUAAUGUGUAUAUUAAACUGAAGUUCCUUAAACAUCGAGGAAACUAUUUCUGUUUUUAAAAAAUAGCCUCCCAAUGAAACAGUCAGUGUUGCAUUAUUCAGUGAACUUUAAUAUAGCCAUGAUAUUUUAUUUGCUGAUAUGCAAAAUAACCUGCAUAUUAUUAUUGCUUUCAUUGAGUUAUUGAUCCUUGUAUGAAUACGAUGCCAGUUUCAUUUGUGUGCUCUGUUAUUUAAGUUCAGAAUGCAAUUAAAAUGUUUUAUUGUUAAUGUU